UUCUUUCCUUUUACUCAGUCUUCUUUUAACACUUGCCUUUAAUUUUCCUUUAACAGCAGCAAGUUAAAAAGUUGUUUCUUGAGGAUAAACAGCUGUUGAAACUUUUCAGAAGCAUCUGCUUUUAUUGUAGCUUAAAACCAAUCGGUAUUUUGAUGAAGUACAAACACCCCUAGCUUCUUCCACAGCUACUAUCAUUCUGGCUUCCACUAAUUUUUAUCACUUAUUUUAUCCCACUUUCUACUCUUCAAACCAGCAGAUUUUUAUACCACACACCAAUCCCUCUUAGCAUACCCUAUAAUUAAUUCCUUGAAUUCCAAAGGAGAUGGUACAAGAGAAGUAAAAAAAAAAAAAUCUAUUGAAACGUAAAUCAAGAUCUCGACUGGAGCUACAAGCAGCUGCUUUCUCCCAGUUUGGUAACGCAUGCAGUUAACCCACUAUGAGGUGCGUUGCAGGAAGACUCUUUUCUAUGUUCCCAAUGAAAGUAAUUCUUAUAACCCAGUACUAACAUCAGUGUGAAUGUUCUGGAAAAUGCUUGAUACAUGUAGUUUAAAGAAUCACUUUUUCAGACUGAACACACUGUCUGUACUUAAGUAACUGUGAGGAGUUUCCCUGGAAAGUGCACCAAUCCUCAGAGAUAAGGAACACCAAAAUAUUAGAAAGGUUGGUGUUUCGGAUAACUUUGGAUAUCCAGAAUUAUUCUCUCAGAUAUUCAUUUGCCUUUUUUCCUAAAUCUUGGGGUUUAUUUAGUAAUGUAAACUCCAAAAAGUCUGUUGGUGGCAAGCCUGGAAUUGCACAUACUUAGAGCUGGAUUACUUACUUUCAAAUAAAGAGCUAGUCUCCUAUUGUACUUGAGUUUCUCUCCUUCUUCAGAAUUAAAAUCAUUUUUUCUACCCAUUGGGCAGGGAGGAAGUACAGGGCUUUCAUUUUUAAUACCGUGUAUGCAAUGUUUACAAAUGCUCGCCCUGUAAGCUGUCUGAAUACCCGGCGUGGCUGUAAAGCUGCUGGAGAGCUUACCUGCAGUUGUAGUCAUAGAGCAAAGGCUGCCUCGGGCUGCACGCGCUUGCCUUCCCUUAGUGCAGUCGCAUUAAGUGUCUGAAGGUACAAGACAACUCUGUUUUGCAUGGAUGUUAUGCAAGUCUAGAGGCGUUUCUAGAAAAAUACACUGAAGAAAGGUAACUUUGGGGGAACAUUCCUGUAAGUUUUGCAUGUUACAAUGUAAUGAUCUGUUUUGAAACAGAUAGAUUGCCUGUUUUGGUUUUAAUCCUUUUCUCCCCUGCAAGCCCUCUGAAGAGCAACAGCCAUGCCAUAGUUUCACUUUGGGCUUUGGGGCUUGCACUUUCAACGUUUUUUUUCUCACUUACUGAAACAGGUUACACUACACGUAAGAUUUUUAGAUCUUACAUGAUGCACAAAAGCGUAAGUAAAAAAGUCUCUGGCAAAACAUCUGAAGGGCUAGGUGGAGAUAACAACAUGUUUUUUCAUCCCCCAAUGCAACACCAUCUUGAUAUGAUGUAAGCUGCCUAGUGUUUAGACGUCUUCAAAAACCUGAUUACAUACCUGGUUGUCAGCAGAAUUUGCAAUUUCAGGCUGAACCCAACACUGAUAAUAUAUAUAAACAGCGGUUUUGAUCAUCUUGUUUGUUUGAGACUAUGGGUAUGUGCUGUUUGACAAACACAGUUGUGACCUCAUGGGAACAUGCUGUACAUUUUCAGAGCUUGCUCAGUUACCUUCUGAGGAGUCAUGCAUGUUCAAGGUCCUCUGAAUCACUUGAACGUUUUUGAGCAAUGUUAUUGCUAAGAUUUGGGGGGUGGAAGGGGUUGCAUCAUAACAUUGCUUUCUUCUAUGUGUUGAUUGCUUUUAUUUUAAUACGAUGUUGCUGCCUGCACCCACAGUAGGUGUCUUAUGAUCCUUCCCAGAUUGGGUAUUGCUGUUCACAGCUUUAAUCCUUUUUCUUUCUUAAAGAGUAAAAGUUAGAGAGAAACUGGUGAAAGAGGAAAGUGCUCGUGGAAGCCCUGAACAUGUCACAGACACAGUAUCUCAGAGAAAAUCCCAUCCAGUGCCAGCCCACUACAUGCCUCUUCAGACAGAAACGUCUGCCUUUGAUAGGGUUAUAAAUCAGCCCGUCAGUUCAGUCCGCCAACCAAUACAUGGCUAUAUUCAGCCUGCUGGCAUUGGUCACACAGCUCAGCUGAUGGCAACAGAAGAACCAGCAAACAUCUCUGUUGGCAGCCGCCUCCUACCAGACAGUGUUAGCCUCUUAACAAAAUCGUCAGCAGCCACUGCAUCAGAGAGUGAAAAGAAAGAGGCACUUGAUUAUGGAGCAAAGCCUGAUGAAGAAGAUUCCUUGGAGGGUGAACAAGCUUCCAAAGGCAGAAGACCGAUUUUGCCAUCUGAGAUUCGCAAGCAAGGGAAGAACCAUGAAGGCCUCUUUGGAGGAGGAGAAUUGGAUACCCCCAUGGGGAGUUCCUCUUUCACAAGCAAGCUGAAAGUUAACUCAGAAGUUCAGAGAGAGCUGGAGUGCAAUAAGAGGCAGGCUCCUGAGCAGCAGCUUAAGACCCCUGAGAAUAUAGAAAGGAGUGAAGCUGUUAUGUACAUUCAGAGUGGGUCUGUAUUGCAGCCUGACAAGGCAAAGGCUCCUGUUCGGAAAGUGUCAACAGCAAAGCAUAAAGUCCUGACUCGCUCAAUGUCUGACUACACUGUGCCUCCUAAGCUAGAAGCUUUUAAAAGUAAGGAAAGCGUGGAAGCAAAUGCACCAAACGGUGAGAUUGGCAUGGUUGACACAAAAGUCUCUGUUGCCCAGCUCCGUAAUGUCUUUCUGGAGUCUGCUAAUGCCAACAAGAAAACAGAAUUGUAGGUGACAUUUCAGACAUAUUUUCGUGUGAAACUUGCACGUCCUUGGCAAAAAUUACACACACUCAACAGCAGUCGUGUUCGGCACUUAAAGCACACAGCUUAGCUCUCACCAGUGUGUACUGGAGGCUGAGAUGGUUUGAAUCCUGCUUUUGUGCUUCUGCUUGCUAGUGCAAGUUGUAAUGUGGGGUAGCUGGAAUGUGUACGUCUGCGCAUGUUACCGGAGGAGCAUGCAGAGUGAUCUCUAGUGAAUUGUUGAGAUGCUUACAUCUAUGCUUUACCUCUCUCUCCUAUUUUCUUUUCUAUGCGCUUUCUAUCAUGUGGUUUAAAAGUGAAUCUCGGUCUGAGAUGUCAACGGCAGGUAGCACUUUGUCUGCCAAUGGUGACCGUGAAAGAGGG